UUCUGAAAUACGUUUAUAUGUAGACAUAUUUGUUAACUGGUUUGAUUUUUAAGCGCCAACUUGAGCCAAAGCGUGUCGUCAAGUCGAUGUACGUUACAAAUUAGCUUAUAGCUACUAGCCGAACAUCAUUGUUAUGGAACUAAGCGGUGUUUAGGACCUGUGCGAUCUGGCCGUCACGGGGAGCUGCCCCGGCACGCCAUUGGCGGAGAGCUUGCCACAUGCACAAGUCUACUAUUGCCACCAAUAGCGCAUUUGAUUACCUGCCAGCUUCUUCUCGUAAGCGCCGGACGGUCCCUCGUAAAGGUCUGCAACGCCAGCCGCCGUGCAUUAACCUGCCACCUGUGAAUGCCUGCCAGGAACCACCAUGGCGCUGAGCUCGACGUUCGACAUAGACGCACCACGAUGGGACCAGUCCACGUUCACGGGCCGGCUGAGGCACUUCUUCAACGUCACCGACUGGCGGACGGCGCUCCUGCCUGACUCGCGCCUGGACGAGGCCAAAGCCUUAGUGGAGAGCUGCAGGGCGGGUUCCGUCCCACCGGGCACUACUGAGGAGCAGCUCUACUACGCCAAGAAGCUUUACGACUCCGCCUUCCACCCCGACACGGGGGACCGCAUGAACCUCAUCGGACGUAUGUCCUUCCAGGUUCCAGGAGGCAUGGCCAUCACCGGCGCCAUGCUCCAGUUUUACAGGACAGUUCCGGCGGUGGUGUUUUGGCAGUGGGUCAACCAGUCCUUCAACGCUCUGGUCAACUACACCAACCGCAACGCCGCAUCCAGCAUCACCCCCAAGCAGAUCGGCGUCGCCUACGUGACGGCGACCAGCACGGCUUUAGCCACGGCAGUCGGGCUGAACCUCUACACAAAGAGAGCGCCCCCUCUGGUCGCACGAUGGGUGCCUUUUGCAGCCGUGGCAGCGGCCAACUGUGUCAACAUUCCCAUGAUGAGGCAACAGGAAAUCCUGAACGGCAUCGCUGUAACCGAUGAAAAUGGGAACAAACUCGGCCACUCACAGAAAGCGGCGGUGAAAGGCAUCACACAGGUGGUCAUCUCCAGGAUCACCAUGGCUGCACCGGGAAUGAUCAUCCUCCCCAUCAUCAUGCAGCGGCUGGAAAAAUACAAAUUCAUGCAGAGAAUCACGUACCUCCACGGGCCCAUUCAAGUGAUGAUGGUGGGCGUCUUUUUGGUCUUCAUGGUGCCGGCAGCCUGCUCGCUUUUUCCACAGAAAUGCUCCAUUGCCGUAUCAAAACUGGAACCGGAACUCCGUGACUCCAUCGUCUCCAAGUACGGCGAUGCCGUGCAAUGCGUCUACUUCAACAAAGGCCUCUGAGGCCUUAACAGGACUGAAUGGAUACACUUAUGCCAUUUAUGUUCAUUUUCUUGGUGAUUAUCUUUCAAGAGGUGCUUCAACAAACUAUACAGCACAGUAAUGUGGUACGUGCUUUUUAAUUCUGUAUUUUUCUCUAAAUUAAUUAUUCCUCUUUUUAUUUCUCUCUUCACAAACCAAAUGAUCUCUUCUCAGGAACUUUCUUUGAUUUCCUUGCUUCAUCACGGGACUCAGUCAGAACUGAACACAAACAUGUUCUGAGCCUUUUUUAAAAAAGAAAAAACAAUAAAGAAAGUGUUUACGUGCCUUGGAGAGCGUUGCUUUGGCGACAAGGCUCCUGGGAUGCACUCAACCCCUCAAACUGACCUCUAUGCAUGGAUAAAGUAAGGUUGUGAGUGGACAAACAACACUACUCUUACUCUUUUUUUUUCUUUUUUUUUCCAAAUAUGGGAGCAAUAGUGCAAGGAAGGAGGGAGGAUGCUGCCUUCUGGUGGCAGAGUGGAUGGAGGUCAACUGAUUGUGGUUUUUGCAUGAUUCGGCUUCAAAGUUGGCCUCACUGAAGUAAAAUCACAUCACAAUCUUCAGCAUAAGAUGGAAUAAAAACCUACACAUUG